UGUUCCAUGCUUCUGCCAAACUCGUUUGCCUACCUUGUAUGAUGAAAACAAGUUGGCUACAUGGUUCAAAUAUCCUCCAGUGACGGAGGGAGUGUGAAGUCAGAAGACGCUUUCAAAAGACGAUCGUGUUCACAGACUCUGCCACACACACAUAGACCCUCAUUUCCAAAGAAGCCUUCUUGUUCUAAGCCUGUAAAGCAUCACUAUUACUACCUCAAAUCACUGUUGGUUGUCAAAACGCUCUCAUGGCGUCGACAAAAAGCGAAUCUCUUCCUGUUCAGCUGCCUCAGGUGGACCUGGAGGCACUAGGAGCAGACUGCCAAAGCCUAGCCACAAAGCUCAAGCAGCAUCUGUCAUCCAACGGCCAUCCGCAGCCGUCCUUCGAGUCCGGCGGCCCGACAGGAUAUCCCACACUGGAUCCCGAGACGGAAACGGCCAGACAGCAGCUCCGCGAGGCCGCAAAGACGCUCCUGGAGCUGGUGUCUGAGCCAGACGAUGUUCUGACCGAAGACUUGUACAACAAAGUCCACGACCUGAACGCCUUCGCCUACGUGUCCCGGUUUCAUGUUGCGAAGAACAUACCCGUCAAGAGGGCCGUUUCCUACCCGGAUCUCGCCUCGAAGACGGGCACCGACGUCGGCCAGUUGAAGAGAGCGCUGCGCCAUCUGAUGACCUUGCAUGUCUUUGCGGAGCCCGAGCCCGGCCGUGUCGCGCACACGGCAUCCUCCAGGCGGCUUGUCGAGUCGCGGGGCGUCCGCCUCUACAACGAGUUCGUGAGCAGAGACACGUUCAAGCUGGCGGUCUUCCAGCUGGACGCCAUCGAGAGGUGGGGUCACGGCGCCACCGAGCCGGACCAGGCGGCGCACAACAUCGUGUUCGGCACCGACAAGCCGCUCUUCGCCUACUUCGCCGAGAACCCGGCCAAGAUGGCCGACUUCAGCGAGCUGAUGGAGUUCAUGGCCAAGUCGCGCUUUCAGGCCGCUCAUCACCUCCUCGACGGCUUCGACUGGGCCUCACUCGGCCCGGCCGUCAUGGUCGACAUGGGCGGCAACGUCGGCCACUGCAGCGCGCAGGUCGCGGCCACCAACCCGGCCAUGACCUUCGUGGUCCAGGACUUGCCCGAGGUGGUUGCCCGGGCCCGCGACCCGGACAACGGCGCCGUGCCCGCGGCGCUGCGCGAAAGCGGCCGCGUGCGCUUCAUGGAGCACGACCUCUUUGCGCCGCAGCCCGUCGACGCCGACGUCUACUUCAUGCGCAUGAUCCUGCACGACUGGUCCGACGACAAGUGCGUCACGAUCCUCCGACAUGUCGCCGCCGCCUUGGCCCGCCGACCCGGCGCCCGGCUACUCGUCAUGGACACGGUGCUCCCGCAGUCUGGCGAGUGGCUGGCCGUUGCCGAGCGGCCCAUGCGGUCCAUGGAUCUGCAGAUGGCGUUGAUGACGAACGCGAAGGAGCGAGACUUUGGCGAGUUUGAGGCCUUGUUCCGGCGCGCUGACCCGCGUCUCUCGAUCCGCAACGUGGUGAAGCCGUUGGGGAGUCUUAUGUCUUUGCUCGAGGUGGGGUUGAACCCGGAAGAGACUCGGUGAUUAGGAGAUGGGGAGCUGCGGGAGGCUUUGUCUCUUUUCCGUGUAGUACCCAUGUUAUCAGCCUGGAUGAUUCGUUAGAUGGUAAAAAAUGAGAUA